AUGCGUUACGCCAGGGACCACGAUGCCGCCAUCUGGCGCACGCUGCAGCAGCUUCUGGGGUCGCCUGGCGACGACGAGGCUGAGCGGGGCCGGGCACGCCAACUGGCCUUCCUCCCCGCACGGCUCGGCGGCCUUGGCUUGUCCAGCGCUGCGGCUGCGGCGCGCAGUUUAGAGGCUGCCGGCUGGGAGGCCCGGCCUGCUGGGCCCGCCCUUUUCGCCGCACCUGAUCUGCCGCGCGAUUCUGAGAUUAUAGAGCCAAGCGACCUGCCGCGAGGCCAACAGGAGCUCGUCUGGCCGGAGAUGGCGCUGCACGUCAACCGCAUCCAGACGCGACAGAGCAGUGCGAAGCUGGGAAUCGGGGAGGACACGGCAACAAGGCGCCUCCGGCUCGAGUUGGCGUACAAUAUGUUGUGCGAGGCUGACAAGCUGUCAGCCCACGAGGCCCAAAACGCCGCAGGUGGCCUCUUUUUGCCAGCCGCGGAGGAAGUCUCCGGGCUCACCAGGACCGGGAGGCAGUCGGCUUGCGAGCGGCGCGCCGCGAGCGCUUUGCGGCGCAUUGGGCGUCCUGGGCCGACUGGGUCCUCCGGGCACGUCUGCCGGCGCUUGGGGCGGACGCCAGAGAGCUUGGAUCCCGUGGUCACGGCCUUCCUGGAGGGGGUGGUUGGGCUGGUCCGCGGCCUGGCUGAGGCCCACGCGGAGCCGGAGGACUGCGAGGAGCCGCCCGUCCACCGGCCCCGCAGCAGGACCGCGGCCGCAGCAGAGGAUCGCCUCAGCAGCCUGGACCAGCUGCCGCUGGAGCUGCGGGCCAGAUGGCUGGCGCCUGGGUGGUCGGCCUUGUUCAAUGCUGCCUCCUCGGCUUUUGCCUUCACUGCGUCCUUGCCCGCGACGUGCCGGCAAAGUGUGGCCCAUGCUUUGCUGGCGUGCUCGGGGGAGGCCCCGGUGUACUUCACCACCGGGUUUGGCCCCCUGAGCUUGGCAUGGGGCUGGGCUUGCGUCGGGGGCGCGGCCGGGCUGCUGCUGGGCGUGGCUCUGGGCAUUUUCGCGGCCCACGGAUGGCGGCACAGGGUGCUGCAGGCCCGUUGGUUAGCGACCUUGCCUCUGGAGGAGCAGGGCUUUUGCUCCGACGCUCAGGCUGCCAUGGAGGCUGCGGCCGCCGUCUUGGAAAGCUUCCGGCUCGGCGGCGCACAGGAGGUUCGCACAAUCGCACGCGGUGCGGGGUGCUCUUCCGAAACGCUGCUUUGCCAACUCUUACGGCAAGCGCUGGCAGGGGCGGCGGCGGCACAGACGCUGGCAGGGCCGGCGCCGGCGGGUCAGCUGCUGCCCGCCCAGCCGCCGGACGUCGGAGGGGCGAGGCUGCCGUCCUGCGCCGCUGCGGAGGGUACCUUGUUGCUCGGGGCGUCAUCGCGCGACGGUGCGGCGGCCGUGAGGCGGGCUGCCGAGCUGGAGCGGCCAAGGACCCACAUGGCGUGCUCAGCGUGCCGCUUGCGUGACGUGGCGACUGGGCCACACUGCCGAGCAUGCCGGGCACUCAUCGACCUGCAGCGGCUGGUGCAGGGGCCAAGCUUGCCAGAGAGCUUGGAUCCCGUGGUCACGGCCUUCCUGGAGGGGGCGGUUGGGCUGGUCCGCGGCCUGGCUGAGGCCCACGCGGAGCCGGAGGACUACGAGGCCAAAAACCCGGGGCCCGGGGAGGCCGAUCAGUUGGUGACGCAGCGUGCGUUUGCGGCGGCCGCCCUGUCCAGGGCGGGCAUAUCAGCGAUGUUCCCGCGCUCGGGGGUGGCGCAGGGGCCGAUUGGUGGAGAGGCCGCCCCGGGCCAGCCUGGCGCCGUGACGCCGGGCUACGCGCCCGCCUCUCCCCCACGCUCCUUUAGCCCGCCCCGCCCCGCCUCUUGGUGGACACGCGGGCCUCCGUCGGGCGCUGUUUCCACUCGGGGCAAUUCCUGGUUGUACGUGCCCUUGCUCCACGCCGCCGCCGGCACCUUGGCCCGCACUGCUUUUGAGGAGUGGACGCAGCAGACAACGUGGCCGGGGUGGCUGCCCAUGGUGCAACACUUGCAGGAGGCGGCCCCAGCAGAUGUAGACGCCGUCCGUCUCGUGCUGCGGGGGCUGGGGGCGCAUCAGGCGGCCGAGCGGCUACCGGACACAACCAGUCGCGCCGUGUCCUUGCCGCUUGCGGCCAUCGCUUCUUCCCUCGUCGAAGCUGAUGGGUACUUCCACGCGGCGGUGCAAGAGACGCUGGUUGAGGCCUUUGCUGGCCAGGAGGCGGCGGCGCAGCUCCUGCGCUCCGCAGACGCCUUCCGCCUAGUCUCUGCCACGCGACCGGAACUUCACCCGAGUGUGGAGGCAACGCCGGAGUUGGAGCCAGGCGAAGGCAGCUUGCCCACACGGCGCGUGCAACAGGGUCGGCGAAGGGGUGCCAGGGGCGGCGCCCGCAACCAGGUGGAUGUGGCCGAGGCGGCAAUGCAGCGAGGACUGGACGCCUUGAACGACAUCGACCUUGCUGCUGUACUCCGCAAUGAGGAGACGCUGCAGGAGCUCCGGGACCCCGCCCGCAGAACGCCGACCAGCAAGCAGCAAACGCAGCAGCCGUGGCGGAGCGGAAAGGAUUGCGUCAAUCAAGGGCCUCCGGUGGACCCGCAGCUCUUGUCCAGAAUGGUGCACCAGGCGGCUGACACCGCGGUCUCCCGCCUCGCCUGCGUAGGCGGGCGCCUUUGUGCGCCGCUUGGCACGGGCGCGAGCGCGCGCACAGGCAGCCUCAACUGCUCCGGGCCGCCACAGCACGCGCGUUGCAUCGCGUUCGCCUGCCGUUGCACGGGCGUCGCUCUGUGGCGCUGCUGCCCACGGCGCGUGCUCUGGGGGCUGCUCUGGGGGACGUUCUUGCGGACGCGCGCUGAGGUGCAGCUUGCUGUCUACGAGCACGGCGAGCACUUUGGAGUGAGACCGGACUAUGAACACAAGUGGCCGUUCCCUGAAGAAGGUCCACUUUCAGAAAAGCAAGCGCCGCCGAUGACGUUUUCUACACUGCUGGAGAAGGCUGCAAAGUUCAUUCCAGAGGAAGUCGCCUUGGCUGCGGAAAAGCCAGUGCCGCAUGUUCUCCGUCCUGGUGAAGCACCUUCGCUGCCCUGGCAGGAAUGGACCAAGUGGACUUGGAAGAACUAUUAUGAUGAUGCCAGACGAUUGGCCAAAGCCUUCAUCAAGCUUGGAGUGGAGCAGUUUGGCAGCGUGACGAUCUUUGGGUUCAACGCGCCAGAAUGGGUUCUCAGCGCCUACGGUGCUAUGAUGUGCGGUGGCAAGUUUGUCGGAGUGUAUUCCACAGACACGGCAGAACAGGUUCACUACAAAGUGGAUCAUUCCAAUGCUGCGGUAAUGGUCGUGGACAGCCAUGCCGAGUUUGCCGCAACUGUGGCCCACAUUGAGGAGAUGAAAUGUCUCAAUGCAAUCGUGUGUUGGGGCACCUUCGAGCCCACUGUAAUCAAACGGCGGGACGGGAGCGAAUGUCGCGUCAUGUCAUUCAAGGAGUGCCUGGAACUGGGUGAUGCCCAGUCAGACGAAAUGCUGACUCAGAGGCUGCAGGCAACGAGGCCUGGUCACGCCUGCGGGAUCAUCUACACCUCCGGCACGACCGGGCAGCCAAAAGCAGUGAUGAUCCACCAUGAUUCAGUAGUGACACAGGGCACUAUUGGCUGCCUUGCUCAGACUGGAAUACUGGCAGGAUACCCUGCCAGGAUCAUAUCCUACCUUCCGCUCUCACACAUUGCAGGCAGUCUUUUCGACUUUUUGUUUCCCGUAUUCAUGGCCGGCACCAGGAAGUUGCCCAGCGCAGUGUACUUUGCACGUCCCUACGACUUGAAAGAGAUGACCCUGGCAGCUCGCCUUCAGUUUGUUCGCCCAACAGUCUUCUUGGGUGUGCCGCGCGUCUACGAGAAGAUGCAAGCUAGGAUGAUGUCAGUCGCAGCGACAAUCACAGGUGUCAAAAAGUCUUUGUCAACCUGGGCGAAGGGAAAGGGCUUGGAAUACUGCAGGAACCUGCAGGCUGGUGGCUCUGGCUCGAAGCCGUUUCUGCACACCUUGGCAGACAAGCUGGUCCUGUCCAAAGCCAGAGACGCAUUGGGCCUGGACAAAUGCAAAAGCUUUGUUGCAGGUGCUGCUCCCAUCUCCCGGGAGACUUUGGAAUACUUUGGCCAGCUCGGCAUGAUGAUCCAAAAUGUCUAUGGAAUGAGCGAGAGCGCGGGCAUCGCCACCAUGUGCUUGAAGGAUCACAACGAGUUCGGAAGCGUUGGUCAGGCACCGCCUGGAUUGGAGGUGAAGCUCUUCAAGUCGGGGCCAAACGGGGAGAAUAUUGAGGUGCCCAAGAGCAAGCCCGGACUCAAGGUUGUCCCGGAAGAGUUUCAAGGCGAGAUCUGCUUCCGUGGGCGCCACAUCAUGGCUGGCUACAUGGCCAAUCCAAGGUUUGGCGACGAGCAUGUCAAGGACAUCACCGACAAGAACUCUUCGACAAUCGACAAAGAGGGUUGGCUUCACAGCGGCGACAAGGGCUAUAUGGACACAAACGGAGUACUUCGAAUUACUGGGAGGUACAAGGAGCUCAUCAUCGGGGCAGGAGGUGAGAACAUUGCACCAGUGCCCGUGGAGGAAGCCAUCAAGAAGCUUGCCCCAGCUUUGUCCAAUGUGCAGCACUCAUUUCCGGAGCCGCCGUACAUCGAAACUUGCGAUCGAUUCGCUGCUGAUGUAGGAGAACUUCCUGGCACAGACAAGUUAUCCGGUGUUGCCUUGGAGGUGCCUUUGCACAGCCUUGUGGCCGUGGCUGAAGCAUCCACUGCGCAGGCUGCCUCUACGGCAGUUGCUUUUGGUAUCGAGGAGGAGGAUAUAGGUGCCCCCGCGGCCACAAUCAACACCACUGCAAGCGGCCAGCACCUAGUCCAGGAGCUUCUCAGCAACAAGCGGCUGACAAAGGAGGUGCGCCUGAAACCCACUCAAGGCGGCUUGAUACAGCAGGGCCGCAUCUACGACAUUUACAUGAAGGCAGCCACGGUGGGGGACACAACUCGUGUGCGCGUGGGUGAAGAUGGCGAGGUUCGCUUUGUUGUUACAGACCUCAGUGUGGAGGUUCAGUGCAGAUAUGACCUGCGAUUGACGACUAUGGAUUUUGGAGAGACCGGAAGCGUGACCGCGAGAUUGCUUGGAACCGGGAUGACCCUCCGCUUUCCACAAGAGAGCGCUGGUCCUGGCGGCUGCAAUUUUGACAAAGGCCUUGACCUCCUCAUCAUUGACGCUACCAGUGAUCGUUCUGCGAUCAACGCAGCCAUCGACAAGAUUUUGAGACAAAAUCUCAUGGGCAUUCGGUCAGAGAUUGUGCAAGAUAUGGAGGAUGGUUUGUGCCGUGCUCUUCUGGAGCCUGAUUCAGUGGCCAUGGUUGGGAGCAGUGCAGAGAUGCCCAUGGCUCCGCCAGAGUCAAUGUGGCCGCUGGUGAUUGGUGGUGUGCUGGCAUUGAUGGUGCUCAUGGGCGCUUGUUUCUUUUUGGGACGCUACUCGGCACACGCCGACUGCUGCUCGCGCCAUCGAUACAGGAAAAGAGCUGUGGGGUUGCAUGAGGAUGAGGAUUCCAGCUCAGAGGAAUCUUCAUGCGCCCAUGGCAGCAGACGUGCUAGCAGAGAAAUUGCACUCCAUCCGGCGGAGAUAGGCCACUGUGCAUCGAUCGCUUCAGCCAAGCUUCCAUUGGCCAAUCAGGGUGGCGUGCAAUAUGCGCCACUGGUUUCGCAGCACUCGCGAGCUACUAUUCUGGGUCCGAUGCCUAUGCAUGCAGGACCCGCCAUCCUAAGCGCACAACCUUUUCCGCGUGUGGCUGUCCCUCCAAUAUAG